CAGGCAGGCGCGGCCCUCGAAGAGGUCAUGGCGGCGAUCUCCGCAAUGCCUCAUCGGGCGUUCGACCUCUCGUACCCUGGGCCGGCUUCGGCGCUCGCGGGUGCCCGGGACCGUGGGUCGACGCUGGUGCGUCAAGACCGGGCGCGACUGAGCAAGCCGACUCCAUCUCAGCGUGUCUCCGCUGGCGGCAGAGGCUCCGUGGCGGUGCGAUCCAGCAUAGACGACAUCCCCGAUGAGAUUCCCGAGGAGCUCAUACCGGAUGCGCUCAAGGGUCUGGUGCUCAACGAGGACGGCGACCUCGUGGACACGAAGACCGGCAAGGUUCUGAACGAGUUUGGCGCGACCCGCUUCGACGUCGCCGUGAGGGCCAUGCGCGGCGAGUACGAUCCCAUCGGCGCCAGCACCGAGCACGAGGAGGGUCAGAUCAUGGACACCCUCACGCAAUUUCCCACGGAUUACACCUUCCAGGUCAGCGGGAGGAAGGAGGAUCUCGGCCAGGACUCCGCGUUGGAUGACCUCUGCGGCGUCAUCGGCCACGUGUGCGGUUGCGAGAUAUCGAGGGAGACGCAGGUGGAGAUCAAGGAGCGCGGAAGCAGCGGGAAGUUCCUGUCGGUGUGGGUGACGUGCAGGGUAUACUCGGCGUUCAUGGUAAACGAGACGCUGAGGCAGGUCAAGGAGGACGAGCGAGUCAUGAUGGCGUGCUGAGGAGACGGGGGGUGAAAUUGGUGGAGCGCCCACAAAGAUUUGGUUCGUUCCCACAGCAGUUUAGGCAGAAACGGAAAUAUCAGUUCGUUAUUUG